CGCCAACGCCGCCCACUCCUCUCUUGUUUGGUUCCUGCCCCUACCCCUGUCCUAGGCACAGCGCCACAAAUCGGCAUGCCUUCCACCUACGAUGUCCUCGGGCUGAUCAUCGGCGUCAUUUCUCUUCUCACAUUCGCUAAACAUAUAAAGCGCCUCGUCCAUGGCGUCCUGCCCCCCGCCCGUGUCAAAGCCGUCGAAAAUACUAUCUCAGAAAUCCGCACGCUUGUUGAUCGGCUCGAGAGCCAAGGCAACCUGGCGGAGGGGGCGAGCCAGGCAUGGACAGAAUAUCGCAGUCGAUUAGCCGAAUUUUCCCGGCAGAUCGACGGGCUGUGGCUGGAGGUGACGCGAUGGGAGGCCCUUGGCAUCGCACGCUUCCUACAGCCCUUCGGAAGCGUGGAGUUUGUCAAACUCUUCGGCGCGCUGAAGCGGAUGGUCGACGACUGUUAUGGGAACCUCGUACGACAGCAUCUGGACCGUACACCCAGCCCGUCAGGGCUCCAGAUGUCGACGGAUACCAUCAAUAUGCUGAGGAUCUUGAAUGGCGCCACCGCGUCUUCAGAUCGCGCCGUCUUCGAAUGUGAUGGCGCUCCUCCGAAUCAGGGGGGUUUAGUACAAUGGGCUAGCGACACUCAAGAGACGCACCGCGCGCCGCAGAUGGGAGAAACCAGAUUGCACGUAGAGGCAGACUCUCCAGCUGACGGGAACCCACAGUCGGAGACGGAAGAUGAGGAGACUACCGAGUCCAACAGAUCCCCGGGGCAGCCUUCCAUCGAUGCCUCUAUCACCACUCCGGAUGCCGCUGAGGAAGCCGAGGGAGGGGGCACGUCGGACGAGGUCGAGGAGAUCAUCGUGGACGCGGACCAGAAAGCGCGCGAGCAACUGCACCGCAUGCUGCAGCCCCGACGAGGAGGGGGAGGAGGAGGAGGAGGAGGAGGAAGAGGAAUAAGGGCAGUCAAAGGAGGCCCUUACUCCGGGGCAAUCCGGGCAAGUGGUGCAUCAAUACGCCCGCUUAUGUAG